CUACCAAACACUCUGGAUCUCCACACCAUUAAUACCCACCAACCCCUUGAUUCUGGAACAGACAACACAGCAUUACAACUUGCAUUGAAUCACAGUGACAAAAAUAGCAGAAGACGAGGUCGGUUUGGUCUUUCCCACUCCUAUCAAAUCUUCCUCACCCCAAAGAGAGGGAAAUUAAGGAAAUAAAACCAAACCCCAUGUGUCAUGUGAGCUCAGAUAUUAAGCAGCGGAAUGCAAGGGACUCUCAUUCACGAGCAAAACAAAGCCUUCUUCAAUCUUCUUCAAUCCUCACACAGAAACACAAAGCUUCUAUCUUUCUGGCUCUUAGAGAAAGAGAGACCCGACCCGUGUGACCCAGAACCCAUCAAAUGCCUUAAGAGACAGUUAUCUCUGUCCUGUACGGCUCAGUCCCAACCACCACCUCUGUAGUAGUCCCCACAUUUCAGUGAAGAAGACGAAGAACAAUACGGCUCUGCUUCUUAAAUUGGGAAACUUGCCCUUUUCAUUCUGAAAUGAGAAGGAAUCUGUGAAUUUGAGCUUCUGAGGAAAGAUUUCGUCUUGGGAUUUUGUCAAAAUUUACUGCAAAUUACAGCAAAUGGGGCGUUUUUACUUGUUUUUUUCAGUGAUUGUGUCAUGGGUUUUGUUCCUCCCCAGUACCCAUGAGUUGCAAACCUCUCAGAGCCAAGUGUUAAUGCAGCUGAGGAAACAUUUAGAGUUCCCUUCCCCAUUAGGAGUUUUGGAGAAUUACACUGGAGACCUCUGUAACCUAUCUUCCUCUGCACAGAUGAGCAUUUCAUGCCAGGAAAAUUCUAUUACUGAGCUCAAAGUCAUGGGAGAUAAGCUUUUUAAUGUCACCGAGUUCAAUGGAUUUGCAAUUCCCAAUAAAACUCUUUCUGAGAAGUUCUCCAUUGAUUCUUUUGUGACCACAUUGUCAAGGUUGCCUAGCUUGAGGGUUCUUAGCUUAGUGUCUUUGGGGAUUUGGGGACCACUUCCUGAUAAGAUUCAUAGGUUAUCUUCGCUUGAAGUCUUAGACCUGAGCUCAAAUUUCAUAUUUGGUUCAAUUCCCCCUAAGAUAUCCACAAUGGUCAAGCUUCACACUCUAAGCCUGGAGGCCAAUUAUUUCAAUGAGACUGUUCCUGAUUGGUUGGACUCGUUAUCAAACCUCGCCAUUUUGUGCUUGAAGAACAAUCAGCUCAAGGGUCAGUUUCCUUCUUCAAUAUGCAGAAUUAAGACACUCACUGACCUUGCUCUGUCUCACAAUGAGCUUUCUGGAAAAUUACCUGACAUGAGUACUUUAACCAGCCUGCAUGUAUUGGAUUUGAGAGAAAAUGAUUUAGAUUCUGAACUACCAGUAAUGCCGAAAGGAUUGGUUACAGUACUUCUUAGCAAGAACUCGUUCUCAGGAAAGAUUCCGGUGCAAUUUGGUGAUUUGAGUCAGCUUCAGCACCUUGAUCUAUCAUUCAAUUAUCUCAGUGGAGCACCACCCUCUAACUUGUUCUCUUUGCCAAAAAUCAGUUAUCUGAAUUUAGCAUCCAAUAUGCUGAGUGGACCAUUUCCAAACGGUCUAAAUUGUGGUGGCAAACUUGGUUUUGUUGAUAUUUCUAAUAACAAGUUAGCAGGGGAUCUUCCUUCUUGCCUGGGUAGUACCUCAGAUGAGAGAGUUGUUGAACUCAGUGGUAACUGUUUGGCGAAUGCUUCCCAACACCAGCAUGACCAUUCAUAUUGUACAAAGGCUCUUGCAAGGAGAAAACAAUCUAGUGUGAGAGAGAUUGUGGUGCUAGUUGCUGUUGCCAUCGGAGCUCUUCUUGUUUUAGUACUUUCUGUACUUGCGGUUAUUUGCUUGUGUAGAAGAUACCGUUCAAGGAAGUCUGAGCAUAACAUAUUUGCAAAAGCUGUGCCAGAUAAUUCACCAAAUGAUCUUUGCUCGGACAUCGUUACAAAUGCUAGAUAUAUAUCUCAAGCAGCGAAAUUAGAGACACAUGGUGCCCCAGUAUGUCGAUUGUUUUCACUUGAAGAGUUGAAGGAAGCAACAAACGACUUUGAUUUCUCAAUGUUUUUGGGUGAAGGCUCUAUGGGAAAGCUUUACAAAGGCAAGUUGGAAAAUGGGACCUCAGUUGCAAUCAGAUCUCUGGCUAUAUCAAAAAAAUGUUCAACUAAUAACCUUAAAGUUCAGCUGGAUUCACUCUCAAAGCUUCACCAUCCUCACUUGGUUGGCCUGUUGGGUCAUUGCAUUGACAGUAGUGGACAAGAUGAUUCUGGUGGCAAAAGACUUUUCCUUGUAUAUGAAUACAUCUCUAGUGGGAAUUACCGUACCUAUCUUUCAGAAAACUAUCCAGAGAAGGUUCUCAAGUGGUCUGAUAGAUUGGCAAUUCUAAUAGGAGUUGCAAAAGCAGUCCAUUUUCUACACACUGGGGUUAUUCCAGGUUCUUUCAACAAUCGAUUGAAAACAAACAACAUAUUGCUAGAUGAGCAUCGGAUUCCAAAGCUGAGUGACUAUGGGAUGUGCCUCAUCACAGAAGAAAUUGAAAAACCUGAGGCAAAGGGAGAAGGCCCAAAAUCAAGGCGUAAAAAGGAUCUGGAGGGUGAUGUUUACAACUUUGGAUUUGUACUACUUGAAUCACUCGUCGGACCUAUAAUUAAUUCAAUAUUUCACCUGUGUAUUGAAAUACUUAAGUUGAUGCGUGGUGUGAACCGUGUGCUGAACCAACAACAGGCAUCAUUUGGGAGCCAAGAUGGUCGAAGAAGAAUUGUGGAUCCAAUUGUGUUGACAACUUGCUCACAGGAGUCGUUAUCCAUUGUGGUAUCGAUCACAAAGAAAUGCAUAUCUCCAGAAGUAUCAUCACGUCCCUCUUUCGAAGACGUGCUUUGGAACUUGCAGUAUGCAGCUCAAGUCCAGGCCACUGCUGAUGCUGAUCAAAAAUCCGAUGCUACAUCCGUGAGCUGAUAUCCUCCUACACUGCCACUGUCUUGCUUGUAAGAAAAGGCAAGGAAGGCCUGUAAAAAAAAAAGAGAAAGUAGACUACUUGGUGUGGGCUUGUAAAUGCAUGCUAGUUACUGAGGAAUGGUAAUUGUACAUUGUAAUUGAAUGAUUUGUUCCGAGGAAUUAUAGAAGAAAAAUUGUGAAUGGGGAAGUGGCUAAUGGUACUAUUAGAGUAACAACUCUCUAGUGCUCACCUGGUUUUGGAUUA